UCGCCCAGGACCAGCAGCCGGCAAGAUGCGACCGCCCUACCCAGCAUGUCCUCAACUUUUUGGGCGUUCAUGAUCCUGGCCAGCCUGCUCAUCGCCUACUGCAGUCAACUGGCCGCCGGCACGUGUGAGAUUGUGACCCUGGACCGGGACAGCAGCCAGCCUCGGAGGACAAUCGCCCGGCAGACGGCUCGCUGCGCGUGCAGAAAGGGGCAGAUUGCUGGCACCACGAGAGCCCGUCCUGCCUGUGUGGACGCAAGAAUCAUCAAGACAAAGCAGUGGUGUGACAUGCUCCCAUGCCUGGAGGGGGAAGGCUGUGACCUGUUAAUCAACCGGUCAGGCUGGACAUGCACGCAACCUGGUGGGAGGAUAAAGACCACUACGGUCUCCUGACACACACAGCCCCUGAGGGGCCCCCAGGAGUGGCCUUGGCUCCCUGGAGAGUCCACACCUCGGCCACAGUCCUGCGUUCAGCUCGGACUUCACCCAUUCUCUGCCACCCGCCCAAUCUCUAUUUCCCUGUGGCCCGCCAAGGACAGCCUCACUCCUCGGCGUCCUGAGCUCCAGUUUGUCCAGCUGACCUGAGGAGGCCAGACUCGGACACAGGCGGGAGGCAGCACUGGGCAACAGCAAUACGUGGUCUGUGGGAGCCUGGCCACGCCCACCCUCUACUGGCCGUGGCGUUGGCCCUGCUCUUCUUUGUGGAGGAGGAGGACAAGGUCGAGGAGGAGGACACAGAGGCACCGGUGGCCAGAAGAGGCUGCAGCCCAGCCAGCCUUAGACACACACAACGCACGGCCCAGGGGACUAUCAGGUGCUGAAGCCGCCUCUUCUCGUGCCCCAGACUGUGUGAAUUGCUUUUAUUUUCUUAUACUUUCAGUAUACUCAAUAGACCAAAGAGCAAAAUCUAUUUUAACGUGGACGCACUCUUAUUGUCAGAGUCCCUGGGUUCAAUUGUGAGGGCGGGGUGGGGCACGGUGGCAGACAUGCUGGUGGCCCUGGCAGAGUGGAGAGGGCAGCUGUGGCGGAGGCCUCCGCCCCACGAACACUCCAGUGCACCCUAGAAGGAUGGGCUCUUGCUGGAAGGAGGCCACGGCAUACCUGCGGGAACUGGCCGGGACGCGGCUGGCGAUGGUCCCCACGCAGUCACCGAGAGCCCCCCGGGAACACAGACCACUUUACUCCUCUGUACUUAGAUCGACUUUAUCGUACUAAAAUCACUUUCUGUUUUAACCAGUUAAACAUGCCUCUUCUACAGCUCCAUUUUUGAUAGUUGGAUAAACCAGUAUUUGCCAAGAGCAUGUUGGGUCUCCCGUGACUGCUGUCUCAUCCGAUGCACCAUUUAGCUCCAGAAAGCAAAUUAAAGAAAACUAAAGUAACACUUGUUUGAAAGAGAUCAUUAAAUGUAUUUUGCAAAGCCUAAAGUUAUAUAUUUAACAGUUUUUAUAUGUUGUAUAUUUGUAGAAAAUCCUAUUUAACAAUUAACGUGACAGCCCCAGCCAUCCCAGGAGUCGGGCCGAGCCCCAUGUGUUCCUGAAGACUCUGGGGGUGGGACACAGUGGGAAGGUGGUGCCCUGCGGACCUCAGGGUGACAGGCGUGGAAGGCAGGACUCUGGGAGAAGCGAGCCCAGGACCAUGGUGUCCAGCCAGGGCUGGGGAAGGCAAGGUUUCCUGUUGCUCUAGGUUGGACUUGGUGACUCAUUCCCUCCCCGCUUUGGUCUAUGUAUUGGUAAACACUGAGUGUACAAUAUUUUGAUCAUGCCUCUUCCAAUGGAUUUUGUUUCCUGUAUCUUGCCCCUUUUGCCAUUCACAGACCUUGAGGCCAGUUUGCAACUCCUCUUCCCAAGUCCACGUGUCCCCUCAUUCUCAGAAGUCCUCUGUCUUUGUGUCAGUAGGUAGAGAAAGCGGGGCUGGGCAGAGGCAUAGAGAGAACCAAGAACAGCAGGUGCUGGGGCUUCCCUACGAGGUGGGGCCAGGAGAGCUGAGAAAUAAGGGAUAAUUCUGUUUUAUCUUCUCCUGGUGAUUCUACACCAGGAUCCUUCAUUUUCCUGAGUUUUUGCUGAAGUAUACUACCUAAGAGUCCAAUUAACAUGAGUAUUAUGCUAGUUCUAUGCUACUAAAAAAAAAGUUAAAAAAAAAUAACUAUAUAGAAGCUGUUCCAGCAACCAUAGACUAAAGAUAGGAAAGAAAAUCCAUUUAUUUAAGACCUAUUCCAAUAUCUAUGAGGACUUAUUUUACCUUCCAGUCACCACAAAUUUAGAGGUAUUUGUAUCCUGGACUAAAAGAAAUGGCUGAGAUUUGGGUUUUUCAUCACAGAGGUGGUGGGCCAGGAAAGGUGCUGUCCUGAGCUGUCCCCAACUGUCCCAGGCUCCAGUAGCCUGAACCUGCUCCGGGAGCAGGACAGGAGGUCCUGGGAUGGCCGUCAGACUUAGCACACUUCUGACCACCCAGGGUUCCCACCGCCUCUUCCUCUCCUGUUUCUUUUGAAAGUGAGUGUAGACACCUACGACUGCAGAGACCAGGAGAUUUAAGAUGUUACAGCAUAUUUUUUUUUCUUGUUUUACAGUAUUCAAUUUUGUGUUGAUUCAGCUAAAUUAUGAAAAUAAAGAAAAAAUCCUUUGAUAA